AUGCUUCGCCGACUCACUCGCACCAGAGCUUACUCACAGCUCCAAUUCACCAACAGAACACGUCUGCCCCUGCAAACGGGACAACCCAUCCACGAAACACGUCCCUGGAAGCUCCAUUCGGGCCAACUAACACAGGGGAUCACCGCCCUGGAGUACUACGAAAGACGCACCAAGCUGGCUCUCCCGGCCAACUCAGCUCUCAUCAUACAGGGGAACCAAGUGCAUCAUGCCUCCGGGGCCGUGUUCUACCCGUUCCAACAGGACACAGAUCUGUAUUACUUGACCGGGUGGAACGAACCGGACUCCAUCAUGGUGUUGGAAUCCACUGGUUCGCGACUACAUAUGUUUGUACCCCCAAAGGACCCCUUCAGGGAACAAUGGGACGGGUUUAGAACGGGCGUGGAAGGUGUACAGGAGAUAUUUAAUGCGGAUUCGGCUCUCGAGAACUCGCAGGGGAAUAUUGUAAAAUAUGUAAGGGACCUUGUAAAGAGGAAUGAUACCGUGUAUUUCGAUUCUACAUCGGCUAAUGUAAACUUGUCACAUCGAAGUGUCAUCCUCGACACUUUGAAAUCAAGUGCAUCGGGGAAACGUAUCGUUACCUCCACUAGUAAAGUGAGACAAUUAGUCGGGGAACAACGAUUAGUUAAAUCUGCUGCGGAGAUCAAGUUGAUGAGAUGUGCCGGUAGGAUCUCAGGAAGAGCCUAUAAUCAGGCAUUUGCUCGUAGAUUUAGGAAUGAGAGAACUUUGCAUUCCUUCCUGGAGUACCAAUUCAUCUCUGGUGGAUGUGAUAAAUCUGCCUAUGUCCCCGUCGUCGCAGCAGGGUCCAAUGCCCUUUGCAUUCAUUAUACAAGGAAUGACGAUGUCAUGUUCGAUGAUGAAAUGGUUCUAGUGGAUGCGGCGGGCGCAUUAGGUGGUUAUUGUGCUGAUAUCUCUAGAACCUGGCCCAUUUCAGGUACUUUCACACAACCGCAAAGAGAUCUUUACCAAGCUGUAUUGAAUGUGCAAAGGAAAUGUAUCUCAUUAUGCAAGGCGGAAAACGCAUUUUCAUUACAUGAUAUUCAUGAAAAGAGUGUGCAAUUCAUGAGACAAGAAUUAUUAAAUUUGGGUAUUGCUCAUAUUAGAAAUUGGGACGUCACUAGAUUAUACCCGCAUUAUAUAGGUCAUAAUCUUGGGUUGGACGUUCAUGAUGUACCACAAAUGUCUCGUUAUGAACCUUUGAAAUCAGGACAAGUCAUCACCAUGGAACCUGGUUUGUAUAUCCCAGAUGAUCCAGAAAUACCGGAAUAUUUUAGAAAUGUGGGAAUAAGAAUUGAAGAUGAUAUAGCGGUACAUGAUACUACUUACACCAAUUUGACAGUGGAGGCAGUGAAGGAAUUGGAUGAUUUGGAAAAUGUAAUGCAGAAUGGAACCAUGACCAAGCCAAGAGAAGAUGUAAUUAAUCCACUCGAUGAUUUAUAG